AUGCAAAUUAUCAAACCACAUGGAAGUAUCUUCACCAUUUCCAAUAUGAGAAUAAAAAGAGUCCUGAAGGAAGAGAUAUUGAGACCGGCUCUAGAAAGGGAUCUUGCAAGGAACAAAAAAUUGGAGGGUUUUAAAUUGAUUGAAUUAAGGAAUCGAGAUCGUCAUAACACAAUAAAAAUCAAUUUGAGAGACCAGUUAGAAGAGACUGGUUACUUACUUAGAAAAUACGUCCGACUCAAAGAAAACCCGGGCGUUUUUGAAAUCGCAUUUUUCUUGAAUAAAAAAGACUACAACUUUGAUAAUGAGAUGGACUGGGUUGUGGGUGUCAACCCACAAGAUAUCAGAAGAAAUAUAGAAAUUAGAGAUCUUAUUCAAGAUGCAAAACAAAGUGAACGUCGUGCCAAUUUAUGGGACCAAACAGGAAGUAUAAUUCUUGGAAAUCAAAAGAUGGAUGAAGCAGAGAACUUAAGAAAGGAGAUCAAG